CGUAGUAUCGCUCCACGACCCACAAAGACCACGACAACCAAAAGCACACAGCGGAGCAUACUCAUGAACGUCGUCAAGACAAUACUCACUAGAAGAGCACCCUUCCUAUCUGCUAUCGCUAUCCGUACCAUGGCAUCACCAGCCACAAUGUCCAAGCCUCGAGAUAUACAAGAUUUCCUCGCAUAUUACCCCAAUGUUAAAACCAACCCUAAGGCAUCAGCCAAUCUCAAGUUCUACUCAAACGAAUUACCAUUCCAACCUGACAACUUGACUUAUGAAGAGUUCAUGCACACGUACUCAAGAGACUAUGAUGAACUGGAGAUGAACCAUGGAUAUAUUCAAUGGUUCUUUCCCAUUCGAGAAUAUGGCGUUAACCCCGAAGCACAACCUUUACAACCUCACGAAAUUGAAGCAAUGCAGAACAAUCCCGAAAUUGUUUCCAGACUACUUAAAUCUUAUAAAAUGAUGCUAGGAUUCUACGGCAUAGAUUUCAACGGCGGUAAGCUUAAGCUUACAAGCAACCACAAGGAGAGAAUCUCAAACCUUCGCUCUCGCUCACACAACCUCCUACGUCUUACCCGUAUUCUUAAACAUCUUUCCGAGUUCCCGCAACUUCAGCCUCAUGCAGCAGCACUCGUUCUCUUUUUCGUCGCUACUCACUCGGCUGGUAUGCUGGAUUUCUCCCAAGGUGUCAUGAGGGGUGACAGCAUGGAUCAGUGGUGGUCCAACUGUUUCAGAAAUGAGGGGGAAAGAAAGGAAAUCAGAAAGAUUGUGCAAGGACGAGGACAGUUUGGACAAGGUACAUGGGACUGGGAAGAGUACAACGAGUGGUAUGAGCAAAGAAGAGAAGUCGGCAAGGUUGGCUUCAGCGGCCAAGAUUAAAAGCUGCGUACAAUUUCAAAACAUGCAUAUCAUCAAUCAGCG